ACCCUCCAGCAGAUAUUUUCUUUCAAAACAUUUAAUAAAAUUAGAUUAUCGCUUUGUUUUCAAAUAUUUUUUUUUAAAGUUUUCAUCUUAUAAAUUGUUUCAGUCCUACAAAUAGGUGCUGUCUUAUUCUGUUGUGAUUGUGAUAUAACAUCCCUUUAUUGUCAAAUUCAUUUGACUAACAUUUAUCAUAGCUUCUGGUGCUUUGUCCUAUUCAUCACCAUAACAUUGCUUGAAAUUCAUUCCAAUGACCACUUCACACGAAGCUACAUUAAAAGCUUACCAGAAAUGGCUUAAGGAUGCAAUCAAAUCUAUUACCGACAAUUAUUUGGAAAUUAUUAAAUUGGUCAAGAUCGACAAUGAAGGAUUGCCCAACAACUCUACGCCAGCUCGAGCUCAAGAGCAUUAUGAAGUUAUUGUAAGAGCAGCCAAUAUGGUUAGGGCUCAAGAAUCGUUAAUCAAACUCAUCUACCAGCUUAAGCAGUUUUAUAUAAUCAAUGAUUUCAAGCUCAUUAAUAAAGCCAUCUCUAAUGAAAGCAAAAAUUUCAAAGCUGAUGAAAUUGAUAUGAAGUUGACCAACCUACGUAAUGAAAUAACUGCAGAACUGAUUGUAUUAGAAGAUGAAUAUUACAAUUCUAUGUACAAAUAAACUGAUUAUUUGUUUACAA